GUUUCCCUUGGACUAAUAGAUCCAGAGAGAGCUUGCUGCAAAUACUGAGCGCUGGAUUGAUACUUCAGUCCAUCUUGUCUUUUGCAGUCAGAUGGAGAGUUUGGAAAAAAAUAGUGAUUUGCUUGAUUUGCAGACAGAGGGCAACAUGGAGCAGCCAUUCACUGUUAGUUCAUUGAAAAAGCUAGUAGCUAUUCCUGACCAUACAGACAUCUCUGUGAUGCCAGAGGAGAGAGUACGUGCCUUAAGCAAACUUGGCAGCAAUAUCACAAUCAAUGAAGAUAUCACUCCACGUCGUUACUUUAGAUCUGGAGUAGAAAUGGAGCGAAUGGCAUCCAUAUAUCUGGAGGAAGGAAACCUGGAAAAUGCUUUUGUCUUUUAUAAUAAGUUCAUAACCUUGUUUGUAGAAAAGCUGCCCAGUCACCGAGACUAUCACCAAUGUGCAGUACCGGAAAAACAAGAUAUUAUUAAGAAAUUGAAGGAAGUUGCAUUUCCAAGGACAGAUGAAUUGAAGAGGGAUCUUUUAAAAAAAUAUAACUUAGAAUAUCAAGAAUAUAUGCAAAACAAAAACAAAUGUAAAGCUGAAUUUCUGAAGAAAUUAGAGCAGCAAAGGUUAAUAGAGGCAGAGAAGAAACGAAUCGCACAUAUGCGGCAACAGCAGCUUGAAUCAGAACAGUUUCAGUUCUUUGAGGAUCAACUUAAGAAGCAAGAAUUAGCUCGAGAUCAGAAGAUUAAAGAGAACAUGGUUAUGUCUGAACAGAUAGAUGGAAGUAUGCUAUCUUGUAUUUCUGUACCUGAGAACAGUUCUUUAUCUAACACCUUGCUUGAGAAAAAAGAGAAGAGUGGCACAUUCAGCUGUACCGGACAUUCACCUCCAGUAAACCAGGCCCUAAAGCCAGCAGCUGCUUUAAGUGCUGUUCAGACUCAAUUGGCCGAAGCACUCAGAGGUGUAAUUUUACCCCGGGAUCUCUGUCACAAGUUUCUGCUGCUAGCAGAGACAAAUACAGCAAGAGGAAUAGAGACAUGUGGAGUUCUCUGCGGAAAACUGACACAUAAUCAGUUUACCAUUACCCAUGUAAUAGUGCCAAAGCAGUCUGCAGGACCAGACUACUGCGACAUGGAGAAUGUGGAAGAAUUAUUUGGUGUUCAGGAUCAGUAUGAUCUCCUUACUUUGGGGUGGAUCCAUACACAUCCAACACAAACUGCAUUCUUAUCCAGUGUUGAUCUUCAUACUCAUUGUUCUUAUCAGCUAAUGUUACCAGAGGCCAUUGCAAUUGUUUGUUCACCAAAACAUAAUGACACUGGUAUCUUCAGGCUUACUAACACUGGCAUGCUUGAAGUUUCUGCUUGUAAAAAGAAGGGAUUCCAUCCACAUACAAAGGAGCCUAGGUUAUUUAAUCCAUGUACCCAUGUGGUCGGGAAAGACAUGAAGAUAAUUGUGCUGGAUCUGAGGUGAUACGGGUGGACAAUAGCAACGAUACUAAGCAAAUGGCCAAAAUAGAAAAAUAGCUUCCAGUUUUCAUACAUUUUCAGAUAUGACUUUUAUAUUUAUACAUUUUAAAUUGAAUGGUUUGAUAUUUAUUGGUCUUGACCAUUUUGGAGUUACUUUGCUCUGUCAAGAUGGACUUCAGUGACAUAAACCCUGAAACUGUAAAUGUAUGUCAAUAAUAC